AUGUGUCGGUUUCUCACGAUAUGGAUGAGUACGUCUUUGCUGCACUUAGUAUUAUGUAUUGCCUGUGCAUUCGGCCUGUAUGAAACGGCACCGCAUAUUGUUGUGUUUAUGGCCGACGAUUUGGGAUGGAACGACGUUGGUUUUCACGGAUCGAAUCAGAUACCAACUCCUAACAUCGACGCACUCGGAUACAAUGGUAUUAUACUAAAUAGGCACUACGUAUUACCGUCAAGCACACCAUCUAGGAUAGCUUUCUUCACUGGACUGUAUCCAAUACGCAUUGGGAUGCAAGGAGAUGGGAUCCGCGGUGGUGAGCCACGUGGUCUGCCACUAGAAGUAAAAAUUUUACCAGAAUAUCUACAAGGCUUAGGAUAUACUACAAAAUUAAUUGGAAAGUGGCAUAUCGGAUACCACACACUUCAGUACACGCCAUUGCACCGAGGCUUCGAUACGUUCCUUGGCUUUUACAAUAGUCAUAUUUCUUAUUACGAUUAUAGGUAUUCGAAUCAGAAUAUGACCGGAUAUGACAUGCAUCGUGGAGACGAUCCAGCUCAUGGAUUUAAUCGCGAGUACGCGACAGAUUUGUUCACUGACGAGGCGAUCAGGAUCAUCGAAAAUCACGAAGUCCUGAGGCCUCUCUAUCUCCAGCUUUCGCAUCUUGCGGUUCAUGCCCCCUUAGAACAACCAAUGGACCAAUACAACGACAGAGAGAAUAUACAAAUUCGUGAGCCAAAUCGUCGCAAAUAUGCUAGAAUGGUGUCGAAGCUAGACGAGUCGGUUGGGCGUAUAGUUCACGCGUUAGGAGAGAAAGGAAUGCUGCGGGAUUCCUUGAUCCUAUUCCUCACCGAUAACGGAGCACCGUCGAUCGGUAGAUACCGAAACUAUGGCUCGAACUAUCCUUUGAGAGGGACAAAAUACACGUUAUAUGAAGGUGGUGUGAGAGGAGUAGCGGCAUUGUGGUCAUCUAGAUUGCAAAAGGCAGCCAGAGUGUCCAAUGAAUUGGUCCACAUAACAGAUUGGUUGCCAACCCUUUACUCCGCAGCUGGUGGAGAUCUGAAGGAUCUAGGCGAGAUCGACGGGAUUGAUCAAUGGCGCGUACUUAGCGAAGGAUACGGGCGUGGUAGAGAGAAACUUUUGUUGAAUAUCAACGAAGUUUCGAAAACUGAGGGGGCGAUAUAUAGCCGAUUUAAACUGUUGAGAGGUUCCAUCGAAAAUGGUUAUUACGAUGGAUACUAUGGUGAUUCCGGAAGGACAUUAGAGACACCACCAUACACGGAAGUCGUGUUGAAAAGUGCUGUCUCUCAAAGCAUUACUUAUCAUCUUGGUGGGCCAGUGACACAACCGAGUACAAUGUUACAAUUACGAAGAGAUGGAACGGUCCAAUGUGAUACAAACCUCACGUACUCUGAUAGACGGCUGCUCACAUCUUGUAACGUUACGGAAUGUUUAUUCGACAUAGUGAACGACCCAUGCGAAACGAAGAACAUCGCAGAGGCGUAUGUCAGG